GCCUUCCUUCUGCCAGCUGCUAACCACCCUCGCUCCAAAGGAGAGCUUUUAUUCCCCUCCUGACAUAAAGGCCCCACGGACUCCUUGCAGGCUUCCCUUUCUAGACUAUUAUCUUUUUUUCUGCUGCUUGGUUUUGAGUGGGAAAUGUGAGUAAAGGCUAACGAUGAAUGUUCUUCAGCCAUUCACAUGGCAAGAAAUACCAAGUUGGUGAAGACCUAACUGUCAUAGUUCUGAGUUACGUUUGGCUGUGGUCUCGGGGAGAGCAGCGUGUGUUGAGGCUGGUAAUUUGUUUUAAGAUUCCAGUUCACCUUAGUGUAUGAGCUGUCUGCUUCUGAAGCACUUGGGUGUUGUAAUGGUAUGGUCUCAUUUCUGCAAGCUAAUUUCAGAAUACUACAAUAAGCAAAAGCCUGUUAAUUUCUAGCUCGGUUGGGGAAUGUGACCAAUCCAGUGACUGCUAAAUGGAAACACAGCAAUGCAAGCACGGAAAAGGUGCAUUAACUUGUCAUGCCCUGAGGACCUUGUUGGGGCUUCAGAGAGCCUGUGGGUAACAGACCAGGAGGGAAGAGAACUGGUUCUCAUGUAUUUUACCAUGCUGACUUCUGUUUUUGCAUGAAGGUAAGACGAUGUGUUCAGAUCAUGUGCUUGGAUCACCUUACCCACCUCGUCACCCCCUCUGGGGCAGAAAGGGCCUGUUUCAGUAGCAAAGGUGUUUGUUUCAGUAGAGUUGGAAAAAACAGGAGCUACAGCAUUGUGACUGCAGCUGAUGUAUUUAUGCACUUCAGUCUCCUUUUCAGACAGGACAUGGAGCUGGAUGGCUAACGGGGCUGUGCUGAGCUCUGACACAUGAUGCUGAGUUUGAUGCAAGAGAUCUGAGGUUUCUUUUGAGCAUGUAUCACCAGGUUAUAAUCCCAAACUUCAUUUUAUUGCAGGGGCGGUGUGCAGUCCUCUGGUUUUCCUGUGUCCCCUCACAGCAAAGCACUGUUACUGUUAAUGGCAGCAGGCAGAGCCAUUUUAAAGGGUAGCUGAGCUGGGUCUGGCUGCUUGUCAGCCAAAAUGCAGGGAGAUCCUUUCCUAGAAAGCUCUGCAUCUGAAGCAUACGGUAAAGCCAUUAUAUUUUCAGCAAGGAAAGAACUGAUAUUGGGGAUGAGCAGAAGUGAAGUGUUUCAUCCUCAGACCAUCUCGUAGUAAUAGCUUUUUAAAAUACUUGUGGAAUUCCUCUGCUGGCAAACCAGUAUCCUCCCUAAGUUCUCUCCCAAGUCUCUAUCAGUGCAUGUUUGACUGAAAACAAACCUCCAUUUCCUCUGCUGGGAAGCUCUCUGUGCCCACCUGGGGGGGCAGAACCAAGGGAUGGAGGGCAGAGUGCUGUGGGAGGAGGCGGUGUCUGUUCAGCUCAGCUGGGAGGAUGCUGCUGUGGUAUGGCAUCACAGAUCCAAUGGAAGAUGCCAAGAAGGGACAGUUGUGGCUCCUAGUCCACCUCUGUUACACCCACAAAACAGGGAUGCCAUGGAGCUGCUCUGUCUUAAAGUAUUUGGUUAAAAAGAUGGAGUUUGUUCUUUUGCUGUGCCCAGCUGGGUCAGACCACCCCCGCCUGCACACAGGAGAGCCCAGCCCUCAUGGUGUGCUCGGUUUUGGGUAUGUGCCCCAGUGCAGCUCGUGUUGUCCCAUGCUGGGUGCUGGCUGUGGGUAGGCUCAGGGCUGGGUUUGCCAACAGCUGCCCGGUGUGCUGGCAGCAGGGACCCUGCGAAUGGCCUGGCUGCCUAUGGGCUCGGAGGCACAGGUCCUGGAGGGUGGAGCUGCCCUGGGAGGAGGUGUGCUCGGGGAUGCAGAGAGGGGGAGUCUGCUGGGCUGCACGCACUCUGUCCACUUGCUGUUGUGAAGGAAUUUUUGACCUGACCAGACCCAGUUUUUUAUUAUACCAGUGAAAUUUCCAAGUUGUUUCCUACUUGGAGGAGUUUAAGAAUUCCUGCCAACGCCUUUCCAGAGGGAAGCCAUGCUCUGCCACAGAGCCCUGCGCCUGCUCCUGCUGACACUGUGCUUCCUGCUGCCCGCUGCACUGGCAGCAGAGCACCUGCGGGGCCCGCUGCCCACACUGUGGAACGAGCCUGCAGAGCUGCCCUCUGGAUCCGGCCCCUUCGAUGCCACCACCACCGCCCGGCUCUCAGAUCCCACCGCCUUCACCCCAUACACCUCCGAGCUGGAGCCCGAGGACACCACCCACCUGCACCGCCUGGAUGCUGGGGACGGCUCCCUGGGGCCCGGAGCUAUUGGUGCCAUUGUCAUCGCCUCCCUCCUGGGUACGUCAGUGCUUGUGGCCUUGGUUGUCAUCACGCUGAGAAAGUUCUCUGCCUCCUGAACCCAAUAAAAGAUUUCUGUACCACAGCUGCCCUCUGUCUGCUCCCCAUCUGCACCUUAGGCCCAGUGCAGGGCAGCACUGCUGCACCCGCAUUGCUCCUCAUGUGCUACUCUGCUGGGAGCACUGAGUGCUGUCAGCUCUGCUGCAGCGGUGUCAGCCCACAGCUGGGUGGGCUGCAGAGGUAAUGGU